AUGAAACUAACAAUUGGAAGUUCUCAAGCUGAAGACCGAUCAAAGACGACAUAUGGUAUUACUAGAAAUGUUGUGGCGAUAAGUCUAGCUUUUAUGAUGUGUUACACGGCUUAUAACGGUACAAUAAACCUUCAGAGUUCAAUCAAUGCGGAUGCUGGUUUAGGUACAUUAGCUCUGAGCGUCUCCUCUGCGGGAUAUGUAGUAUCAAACAUGUUUCUACCAGUUCUGCUAAUUAAAUGGAUCGGCACCAAAUGGACGAUAUGUUUAUCCUAUCUUGCUUUUACACCAUAUUACGCUGCGCAAGUGUAUCCAAAUUUUUACACUUUCAUACCAACAGCUGCGAUUUUGGGAUUAGGCGGAGCAUCACUCUGGUGUGCAAAGAGUGCUUAUUUAUGUACAGCAUCCGAGAAUCACAACAAAAUAUCAAACAUCCCUUUAGAUGUUUUACUGUCCCGCUUCUUCGGAAUCUUCUUUAUGAUCUACCAAUUAAAUCAGGUUUUGGGAAACCUUAUUUCAUCUUUAGUUCUCUCAUUAGGAGAUAACGAGGCAGCAAUGACAGCUAUUAAUGACUCCAUUAUACCAAAAUUGUGUGGUGGUAACUAUUAUCCCAGCACAGGCGCUGAAGAAGUAAUGCUGGAGCAACCACAGGAAAGAAUACAAAUUCUUACAGGCAUGGAACAAGCUUACUUUGCAGCUGAUUUCACAUCGUCAUUCGUGUCAUGCUCAAUAGGUGUUGGAAUCGUGGGAUUUGUUAUGAUGACUUACGGAUUAGUUGACGCCAUAGGGAGUGUUAUGGUUGGACACUUGGCCAAGAAAGUCGGACGUAUCCCUCUUAUGCUUGCAGCCUUUGUAAUACAAUGUUUUGUACUGGUGUUUCUUUUGUGUUGGAGCCCGCAGUCUGAUCAGAAAUUUGUUGUGUACAUCCUUGCUUGUCUGUGGGGCCUAUGUGAUGCUAUCUGGAUGGUACAAAGCAGUGAAUAUUUCAGGUUUAUAAAAUUCCUCGCAUUGAUCAUCGUUUUGUUGGAAAUGAAACUAACAGUUAGAUGUUCUCAAGUUGAAGAACGAUCAAAGACGACAUAUGAUAUUACUAGAAAUGUUGUGGCGAUAAGUCUAGCUUUUAUGAUCAGUUAUAUAGCCUAUAACGGUACAAUAAACCUUCAGAGUUCAAUCAAUGCGGAUGCUGGUUUAGGUACAUUAGCUCUGAGCAUCGCCGCUGCAGGAUUUGUAGUGUCCAACAUGUUUUUACCAGUUCUGCUUAUUAAAUGGAUCGGCACCAAAUGGACGAUAUGCGUAUCCUUUCUAGCUUAUACGCCAUAUUACGCUGCGCAGGUGUAUCCAAAUUUUUACACUUUCAUACCAACAGCUGUGAUUAUGGGAUUUGGCGGAGCAUCACUCUGGUGUGCAAAGAGUGCUUAUUUAUGUACAUCAUUCGUGUCAUGCGCAAUAGGUGUUGGAAUCGUGGGAUUUGUUAUGAUGACUUACGGAUUAGUUGACGCCAUAGGGAGUGUUAUGGUUGGACAAUUGGCCAAGAAAGUCGGACGUAUUCCUCUUAUGCUUGCAGCCUUUGUAACACAUUGUUUUGUACUUGUGUUUCUUUUGUGUUGGAGCCCGCAGUCUGAUCAGAAAUUUGUUGUGUACAUCCUGGCGUGUCUGUGGGGCCUAUGCGAUGCUAUCUGGAUGGUACAAAGCAGUGAGCACACAAGGAUUAUUAAAUUACUCGCAGUGAUCAUUGUCUUCUUGGAAAUGAAGAUAACAAUUAGAAGUUCUCGAGUUGAAGACCGUCCAAAGACGACAUAUGAAAUUACGAAAAAUGUUGUGGCGAUAAGUCUAGCUUUUAUGAUAAGUUCUACAGCCUAUAGCGGUACAAUAAACCUUCAGAGUUCAAUCAAUGCGGAUGCUGGUUUAGGUACAUUAGCUCUGGGCAUCUCCUGUGCAGGAUUUGUAGUGUCAAACAUGUUUUUACCAGUUCUGCUUAUUAAAUGGAUCGGCACCAAAUGGACGAUAUGUGUAUCCUUUCUAGCUUAUACGCCAUAUUACGCUGCGCAGGUGUAUCCAAAUUUUUAUACUCUCAUACCGACAGCUUGGAUAAUGGGAUUUGGCGGAGCGUCGCUCUGGUGUGCAAAGAGUGCUUAUCUAUGUGCAGCAUCCGAGGAUCAUAAAAAUAUAUCAAACAUCGCUUUGGAUAUUCUAUUGUCCCGCUUUUUCGGAAUCUUCUUUAUGAUCUACCAAUUAAAUCAGGUUUUGGGAAACCUUAUUUCAUCUUUAGUUCUCUCAUUAGGAGAUAACGAGGCAGCAAUUACAGCUGUAAAUGAUUCCAUCAUACCAAUAUUGUGUGGUGCUAACUAUUUUCCAAGCACAGAUGCAGAAAAAGCGUUACAGGAACAACCAAAGGAAAGAAUACAAAUUCUUGCAGGUUUAGUAAAUACUUGA